GUUAUGUACUUUUACCUGAAUGACUGUAAACAGGACGAACGUAGAAAUUGUGCCCAUCCGCCACAUGUCCAUCAUACAUCUGCGCCAUACACGACUUGCUGUGGUACACCAUCAGAUUCCCGUGGCUCACCACAUUCGCACGCCACGCGAGCAUUGGCUUGCGCGCCACAGCCAUUUUGACCUGGUUCCUUUCAACGUGUGACUUUGCAAAGUGUUCUCAAGACUGCUCACGCGACCAGGGCCAUACCACCACCAGCGGCCGGUCGUCCCUCUCGCAUCUGCGACAUCUAUGGACUGGAGCGCAAAGACAACAAUGUGGAGACAUCAUGCUUAGUAUGCUGCGCAAUGCUGUCGUCUUCUUGUGGCUCUCUGCGGUUUCCGGCAGCGCUCAAUCCAUUCCCCAUGAUGAUACAUACUCGACAUCGAGGACGACACAGACACCCUCUGUCACAAGCAGCGCGCCGGUAUGGACCAGCGUAGGCCUCUUGUCGUUGAACAGUACGGGAACAUGUCCUAGCCGGACGGUGAACUUCAUCACCCACACACUGGCGCAACAGUGCCUGAGAACCGACCGUGCGUCCUCCAGUGCUACGCAGAGCGCUUUGCCAGAUGUGACAGACAAUACUGGGGCCUUCGCGACUACCAUUACCUCAGACCAACAGCCUCAGGUGGUCAUUGUGACCUACACUGUUGCAAAUGGAAGCACCAUCGCCAUCGCAGAGCACGGCGGAUCAGCCCGUGAGCAGGUUUCUACUCAAAGCUCGAGCAUUCCUGCAGCAUCACCAGUAACCGAUAGUCCAGCUGCUCCAGCCCCAUCCAUCGAAGAAGAGGUCGACUCGGCAUUGGAUAAUGCCAACUUCUUGUCUUUUGAAGACUGGAAGAGACAGAAUUUGGCAAAGAGUGGCCAGAACCCUGAAGACGUGGGUCGAUCUCAGAACAAUGGUCCUCCGCGGCCACGUCCACCUCGGAUGCCUGACAGGACCAAUUCCGCGACAGAGACCGCCCCGUCAGACAACCCGACUUCGCUACGCUCCAAGGAUGCUGGCAAGACCUGUAAAGAGCGAACCAACUAUGCAUCUUUUGAUUGUGCUGCAACGGUUUUGAAGUCUAAUAAGGAAGCAAAGUCUGUGACUUCAGUAUUGAUCGAGAGCAAGGACAGCUAUAUGCUGAACAAGUGCUCGGCUGAGAACAAGUUUUUUAUUGUGGAGUUGUGCAAUGACAUCCAGAUUGAUACGGUGGUGCUAGCCAACUACGAGUUCUUCAGUUCGGGCUUCAGGCACUUCAAAUUGUCUGUCUCUGAUCGCUACCCUGUCAAGAUGGAGAAGUGGAGGGAUCUUGGCACUUUCGAAGCACGUAACACGCGUGAGAUACAGGCAUUCUUGGUGGAGAAUCCACAAAUCUGGGCGAGAUAUCUGCGCAUUGAGUUCUUGACGCACUAUGGCUCAGAGUACUACUGUCCAGUCAGCUUGCUCCGAGUGCACGGAAUCACGAUGAUGGAGGACUACAGGCACCAGGAAGAGCUUGCGAGCGGAGAAAUUGAUGACGUGGCGCUCGAAGCAGAAGCUUUGGCUACUCCCCCUAUCUACCAAGAGCCCGCAGAACUCACAGAUGAGACAUCGAAAGCGACUGAGCAAGCCGUGCCACCUGUGGUGGAAGUCGAGCGAGAGGCCGCCAGUGCAGACGCGAACACCAUAGAGGAAACAGCAUCGGGUAUGACCAACUCGACCCGCACUGCCGCCUCAUCCUCAAGCUCGCCACCUCCUCCGCAGCCCUCAACACAGGAAUCCUUCUUCAAAUCGGUCCAUAAACGACUGCAGCAGCUCGAAAGCAACAGCACACUGAGUUUACAAUACAUUGAGGAACAAUCCCGCAUUCUUCGCGAGGCGUUUAGCAAGGUCGAAAAACGACAAGUCUCCACGACCAGCAGGUUUCUCACUCAGCUCAACGAGACUGUGAUGGUCGAGCUACAAGGGUUUCGUCAAGCGUACGACCAGCUGUGGCAAAGCACCGUGAUUGAGCUCGAAGGCCAGCGUGAAACAUAUCAGCGUGAGAUGCUCGCGUUGAGCUCACGAUUGACAAUGGUGGCUGAUGAACUCGUCUGGCAAAAGCGCGUAGGCAUCGUGCAGUCCACUUUGUUGCUCAUGUGUUUGGUGCUCGUCCUUUUUGGCAGAUCU